AUGCAGUUCAUCAGUGUUCUACUCCCCGUCGCCCUUCUCCUUUCCCAGGGAAACUGUCUAGGGGCACGAGAAGAGGCAGGCGAGAAUAGUAUCCUCGCCAGACAAGACACUAUCGUCUGGGAAGGGACCUGCGAAAAAGAUGGAUUCGGAGGACUUUGCCAUGUCCCAAAGCUUAAUGACGUGGUCGAUUGCGGUUCCGCCAACCCAUGCAGAACAUCUGGCGCUUGGUGUAGCUUCUCUUGGGAGACAUUGGAGGUUACAUGCCUCUAA